CAAUGAAAUUCAUCACAUAAAGGCUUGUUUGGUGUCACAUUAGACAAUAAAGCAUCCAAAUCAACACGACUGUACUUGUGGAAUUAAAAUAAUAAUCGUAUUAUAAAGAACAAUGAUAGUAACAGGGUGUGUUUUGGUUGAUUUGCACCAACACUCCGGAGCCUCUCGCUCAGUCGCCUCCAGACAUCAUUACUGCGGCUUUCAAACCGCCAUGAGAUCCUCCACCUGCCCUCCAGCUAACACAAAAACACAACACAACGUCUCACAACAGCGGCUGUUUGUCACGAGCAGCCUCCGAAUGACGCGUGCUGACCGCCGCCGACGCACAGCUGAUGUUGCACAAGUGUGGUGGUUUUUCUCACAGCAUCAUAUAGGACCUGUGAGUAUUCAUCACGCCGUGUCCUCAUUGUGAAACGUGAUCUGUUUGACAGCUGCUGCGGCAAAUGCACACUGAGGACAGGACAGGCGCGCGUCCGGCUGCAGCUCCGGCUGCGCGUUGGUGCUGAAUAGAGUCCACACAUGCGCUCUGAGCGUGAUGUGGACGGUGGCUUCUGAGCAAAUAACGAAGGCUUUGUCAUUUCAAACGGGUACUCUUUUUUUUUAUUCCUAUUUUUCCUCCAGUUUCCAGCACAGGGAGGACAGGGCUUCCCUUGUGCAGCCGGUGCUUGAGGCUUGGUGUCUCAGAGAGGAGAUAAGAGAGAGAGAAAGAGGGUCUUUAAACCAGCUGGAGGCUCAGGUCCGGACACGCAUGGAGGCAAACGCCCAUCCUAUUUGUGACUAUGUGCUGGUGUAACACACGACGUAAACAUCACAGACACUAGCCAGGCUGUAAAGGCAGCGGGGCUGUCGUUUAACGCUUCGCUGGCAGCUGCAGACCGGAUUUGCAUAGACGUUUAUUUUGGGGAAAACAGCUUCAACCGCCGGCGCAGUCAUUCCCCCAGCACGAGCAUCCACUGGAUUUUCUGUGGGGUUUUUUUACUGAAUGAUUUUUAAGCUACUGGACGGAAUUUACGCGUGUUCUAGCCUGGAUAAAGGACCAGUCUGUGGGUCAUUCCAGGAGUACUGUGGCGCACUGGAUGGGGAUUGCUGGGAAGAAGAAGGAGGUAGUCGAGGUUGGGACUUUGGUGAGGGAGACUCAGGCACAGCCACUGUGAAAAAGGAAUCAUCCUGAUCAGGACCAGAGUCUCAAUCUCGCUUAAACAACCCAGGACGAGGUUCCUGUGAGGGCUCGAAGAGAAGAAAUUUGAUACGUCCACAUCUUCACGCCGCCACCUCAACACCCUCACCGCCUGAAAACGAUGAUGGAGGACGAGAUCAUCGAGGACCGGGCCAAGCUGAAGCAGGGUCUGGUCAAAGUGCUCGAGUGUGUGGCCACCAUCUCCUCAGCAGCAGCUGUGGUCAACCCCAUUUUUGGCGUGGCCGGCUCCCUGAUCCGGGUCGUGCUGCACCACGUCGAUGACGAGGACAUCCGCACCUUGAAGCGCGAGUUCGGCUCGGUCAACCGGGCGCUGGACCAGCUGUCCCAGGUGAAUCGCAACAUGCUGGUACAGAUCAAGAAAGAAACGGUGGAUGGCCAGUACUGCCGCGUGGAGGAGAACCUGAAGAACCAGUUCAGAAAGUUCAUGGAGAUGGUGGAGGCGCGGCCCGAGCACCGCGAGCGCAAGAAGGACGACUUCGAGGAGAGCUACUCCAAUGACUUGGGAGACCAGAACCUGCACACGCUCUACGACGGCGUGGUGGGCAAACCGAAGCUCUUCAGCAAGCCCAUCCUGGAGGUGUACCUGAAGCACUCGCAGGGCGACCGGCAGACUAUGGAGCGACUCUGCACACGCCUCACCUACCUGUUCUGCAUCGGCCUCAUCGCCCUCAUGGGCUACGCCGCCGUCAUCGGAGACGACGAGGAGGGUCUGAGCGAGGAGUGGGCCGAGAAGAUGGAGCACGUGCAGGAGAAGAUGCAGGAGGCUCUGCGCAGGUGCAAAUGAAGAAGACGCACGAAGAAGAGCUUCUUUCUUUGGUCACCGCUGCUUUUUCUUCAUAUUCAGGACUUGUGUGUCCACAUUCCCUCUGUAGCUCCUUCCUCUUCUCUUUGGCUCCCUAUAUGCACUUUGUAAGCACCUACAGGAUGUUCACUGCUUGAAAGCCCCGAGAUAAACAAGUAACAUGACCUAUUCUUUCCAAAACACUAACUUGGCCGCAAGUGAAAGCAUGAAAGCAUUUUCUGUCCAGUCUGAGAUAAAAACAACUAAAUGUUUGCACAGUAUGUGAUCAGUCUGGGCUGCUAUCAAACACUCAGAAAAAAAAUACAUCCUAGUCUUUUCCUGAGUACUUUAACUUGAUGGAAAACUUAAUUUGGUCAAGGAAAAGAUGGGAAAGAGAGUUCAUAAGGAUGACUGCACUUAGACUAAGCAAGGAAUUGUGGGAUGGCUUUACCUCCUGUGCAGUGGAUCCGAGAUAAGAGAGGAAACAAUGAAGCCCCUGUCCUUGGUAUUUUGAGAGUUCGACCAGCCUUUAUCAUGGCUGUCUCUUUAAUAUUUCUGGGUCAUUUCGCUCAGUUAGGAACCUUCCUAAGCAAAAUAAUACUAUUAAACUGCAGCUGCACUGGAUUAGACUGCCAGUGAUUCGAAUUGACACUGAUUCAGGACACAAAUCAGCCGUGAGGAUGCUUAAAAUCAAUCAGUAAUCUGCAUGAGCAAUGUCAGGAAACUACAUUCAGGCUUUAACAGAAAUGUACCCAGCUCCAGUGUGUGACGCUGAAAUGUAUCCCGCCCACUUAGCACUCAGAAUACUUGCCAUUCAUUGACGUUGUGUAAAAUGACAUGUUUGUACACUACGAGAUAAUCAGUUCGUUGGUAUUAUCUCAGCUAAAACUUCUACAUCGGAGGGCAACAGGAAACUUGGCUCAGGCUGCUGUAAUACUCGCGUAUCUCCACUAGAGGGCCUUGUAUGCUUUCCUUAAAAUUUGCCAAGUCAAUAUCCUGUUUUUAAUGUUGAUAUAUCGGCUAUAAAACAGACUGUUCUGCCACACAGAGGGAUUUAAGUUCAGUUAUCAGUGAUGUUAUCAAUUUAAUCUGCAAUUUAAAAAAAACUUAGCAAACCAAAACUAGGAACGAACAUCCCAAAGUUUCAGAUCGAUGAAUGUAACCACACCAAUUAUCAUCAUGUAAUCACCUUCAUAUACUAACAUGAUUAUGCUGCCACGUGCAAAUUAACAACACAUGUACGUCCCAUGAAUAUUGUGUGUUUCAUAUGAAUGCAGAUCAUGCUACACUACGCAAACGCACCAAAUUUAAUCUAAUUUGACGCUAGUUUGUGACGCUGCUGUACUGAAUACUUUAUAUUUCUUUGUUUUUCAGUAUUUUCAGCUAGAAGAUGUAACAGAACAUUACAACUAAAGUCUGACUUGUUGUAUUUUUUUAUAGAUUAUUUGUUGACUACACUACCAUCUUGCAAAACACUUCCCCACAGAAGGCUACACUAAAUGUAAUUUGCCAUUUGUGAGGUCAAAAUUAAACAAAUUACCACACGUGCUUCCAUUUCCACUACCCAGAAUUGUUUUACGAUUAUUCUUUUAUAUUUGUCUCCUUCCACUCUUGGCUCUUGUUUUCUACUAUAUGUUUGCUGAAGCCUGAUAACAACUCGGGCAGCGCACCAAGUUUUGUUGUAAUAUACAGAUGAAAUUAUCAGUGGGUUUCUUUGGUGUAUGGCCACUUUGAGCCUGUAAACCUUUUAAUAUAGAUUAUUUGUGGGUUGUUUUUAUUUACAGUUAAGCCGCAGCAUCAAGAUAAAACGUCCUCAUGUGACCAACAGUGCCUCGAUGUGCCAUUUAACUUUCUAUGUUUUCUUUUUCAUUAAAGGGUUUCUGUCACAAUCAUUUAAUAUUAUAAAAUGUUGUGUAUGUCGUUAUGUUUUGAGAGGUCUAUACGCUACAGUUUGGAUUUUAACCGUGGUUAAAAUAAUCUUUGUAAAUGCUUUUCUUACUGUUUUUGUUUUGCUUUGAGCAAACGGUUGGUGUCAUCAUCUCUUAAUUACCUUCAUCCUUUCAAUACAACUGUCCUAAACUGAUUUAUGGUUCUGUGCCAUAGCUGUUAUUGUUACAAAAGAUGCAGUAUACGCUACAAAUAUCUAUAAAUAUAGAGUCAAUGCUGUUGAUAUGGAGGAUUAUUAUAUGAACCUCUUAAAGGCUUUUUUUGAAAUGUCAUAUAUGUGAAUAUGUUGCCUUUUUUUUUGUUACCACUAUAAAUAAAUGUGAGUGAAUUAAAAAAAACAA